GUCAGCACUGUGUUACUUGAAUGCGAAUUUUGUUCAACCCGUGCAUGCUGUUUAUAGGAUCUUACCACACACCUACAGGUGGGCAUCUAGUUAGGACAUUGCAAUUGAUUCAUGGAUACAAUCAAACAGAAAUCGAACCGCCAUCCAGUUCCAACGUGGGUUUUGGGCACCAUUGUUGGCCUAUCUGCAGUUAUAAUAAUAAUCCUUAUUUCCUGCUGCCGCUAUUGGUGGAAGCAACGGAGAGCGAACAAGGCAGACAAACGUUCACUGAAACAAAGCUUAUACUUAAAACCGAUGAAGGAAAGUGUGAUUGAGUACACAACCGAACAAAUUCUCAAUUCUGCACGCGAUGAGAUUCGGUCAACGCCAACACGUGACUCGUUGGACAUUGCGGCGUACAUGCGCAGUAGCGACCACGGGAGCGUCGACGACUGUCGGCGCGAUGACUCAGUGGAUGAAUUAGAGGCUGGCAAAAUUUUUUUUCGCUUGGAGUACGAUUUCGGAACGAAAGAUCUUAUUGUCAGUGUGGUGGAAUGUAGGGGACUGGUAGGUAAGAGAGACGGUUGUUCUGUCGAUUCGUACGUUAGGGUGGCCAUCCUACCAGACAGAAGAGUGGAACACCAAACGAAGGCUCACAAGAAAACACUGAAUCCUCGAUAUGAUGAAACCGUCGUCUUUCAUGGCCUGGAGUUUUCACGAAUAGGAACGUAUUCAGUGUGCUUUGAGGUGUUUGACUACCGAAAGUUCGCUGUGGAUGACAAAAUUGGCCAUUUGGAAAUUCCGUUGGACAAAAUCGACCUUAGGGAGACCAAGGAGCUUUGGCAGCACUUUAAUGCUCCAGGAGAAGACGUGGAAGACGUUGGAGAGAUACUGUUGUCUCUGUGCUACCUUCCGACUGCUGCUCGACUGAACGUUAUGCUUAUGAAGGCGAGAAACGUCAAAUCAAAGAAUCUAAAUGAAAACUCAGGUAUGCACAUUGAUAACCUAGUAAUUAGGUUAACUUUAAGCAUACAAUAUUAUUAGCGAUCGAAAUCGUUCAGUUUGGAUGGCUGCUUCUCCUAAAAAGGCAUAGUUACUAAUAAUGGUGUUUUGACGUUUCUAACAAGAACCUUAAUUGAUAUGCAAGAAACUAACCUACCUGAAAAUAUGUUGGUUUAUAUAUAUAUAUAUACAAACACCGUCAAUUUUAUAUAGUAGUAGUAGUAGUAGUAGUAGUGAUGUGUUUGCGAGGAUGCAGGUCCAAGCUUCACAGAACCUCAAGGGACUUCAACAUUCUGCUGGAAGCAGCAGAAAGUAGAUUAUAGAAGACUGUUUAUCUCAAAGUUGUUACAACCUAGAAACUUGUUGCUAUAGAGGAAGCUUUUACAUACAGUAGUAGUAUUUUGAAAAAAGUAGUAGAGAUUUUAUUAUUAUUAGUAGUAGUAGUAGUAGUAGUUUAUUCAAGUAGUAGUAGUAGUAGUGUGUUAGCAGAUGCCGUUUGAUUGUUCAAAUACACCAGUUCUCUCAGUAGUAGUAGUAGUAGUAGUAGUAGUA